AUGACCUGGACGGUUUCUUUUGUCUCUAGUUAUUCAUAUAAGGCAAACACUUUGCCAGAUAUUGAAAGUAAAGAUUUCAUCAAAGAGUGUGUUCGAAUUCAUAACAAGUUUCGAUCAGAGGAAGGCAGCGUGGAUUCUGGGUUUGAAUGCCAGAUCCGUGACUUUAAGCUGACUUGGGACCCAGCCCUAGCCAAAAUUGCAAAAGCAUGGGCAAAAACUUGUCAGUUUAAACAUAAUCCACAGCUGAAAUCACACCACAGUCUGCACCCAAACUUUACUUCAUUGGGAGAAAAUAUCUGGACUGGGUCUAUACAGUUAUUUUCAGAGUCUUCGGCUAUCUCAAACUGGUACGAUGAAAUUCAAGACUAUGACUUUAACACCCGAAGAUGCACAAAAGUCUGUGGUCAUUACACUCAGGUUGUCUGGGCAAACAGUUACAAGGUUGGAUGUGCAGUGCAGUUUUGCCCUAGAGUUUCUGGCUUUGAAAGUCUUUCCAAUGGAGCACAUUUUAUAUGCAACUACGGACCAGCAGGAAAUUACCCAACUUGGCCAUACAAGAAAGGAGGCACCUGCAGUGCUUGUUCCCCAGAUGACGAGUGUUUAGAAAAUCUCUGUGUUAAUCCAAAGCGAGACAAGGUCAAACGUUACUACUCUGUUGUGUAUCCAGGCUGGUUCAUAUUUUCAAGAAACAGAUACACAUCUCUCUUUCUUAUUGCUAAUUCAAUAAUUCUAAUAAUGUCUGUCAUAAUUACCAUUUGGGUAAAGGACAAAUACCCUAAUUUAACUCUUUUGGACUAAUAUAAUCUGGGGGGGGAGAGGGAGAGACAUAUUCAUAUGGCUUUAAAAAAAAUAACAAUUGGGUAUAUUUCUAAUUUCCAUUUUAAAGUGAAAUAGAAAAAACAUAUACUGCUGCAGUGAAGACUUGCUCAAAAGAAAAAUGGUUCGACUUCCUAAAUAUAACUCCCCUUUACUUUCCACUUUUUUAUGAAUAAGCAUUGUUUUCAGAUUGCCACAGCUAGGCUUCCCGUAAGUAACCUCAUUCAUAGCUUCAGUUUCCAAAUCUGUAGAAUGAAUGAGCUAGGCUUUUCCAAGUUAACUCCACUGACAGUUAUUUCUCACAUGCGGCCUCCACUUAAAGUACCUGGUUUCCCUGUUCUCUUGCAGCGUGGUAUUUUUCUGGUUUAACACUUCCCCAGACUUGGUAACUAAAGGAUUUGAUUUCAGAGGUCUCGAUUUUCUGCUUAUCUGCUGUUUAAUCUUAAAAUGAAAUAAAGGAAAUUGUAAGAAGGUAUAAUUAGGGAGAAAGAAUGCACUGAAAAACCGGCAUUUAUUUUCCUCAAAACCAAAUGCUGGGACAUGAUUAUGUUUAAAAACUAACCAAUGAAAUCAGACUUUGAUUUAAUGAAAAAUUACAAUAGUCACAUUCCAAAAGUAUAUAUAUAAAAACACUUAAAAGUUACUCCUAAACUCAUGCUUCGGCAAAACCUGCCUGGAACUGAUUAGGUACAAUGUAUAAAAAGACUUUCUAGCACAAAAAAUUUCAAAACACACAAGAAUAGAAUCUAUUUAUAAAGAAUAUUAUUAUAUAAACAAAAGCAACUCAGAAAUAUUAUUUCUCACACAUAACGCAACUAAUGCCCUGUCAUCUUUCAAAAUCCUUUACAAAAGGAGAUAGCUAUAUAAAUUCUGGUUCAGGGGGUUUUGGUUAUUUUUUUAAUGUUACUUUUUCUUUUUCUUUUUCUUUUCAUCUGCUUCCAUCUUAAGCUUAACUUCUUCAGCUGUAAGGGCUCCCAGUUUCUUGUUCUUUGCUUUCUUAACCUUUUCUUUGAUGGCAGCCACGUCAAUUUUAGUUUCAGUAGAUGCUACAAAAAUUAAAAAGAAAAUAUAUUUAAUUCUUUAGAAAUUAAAACAAUGUGUUUCAGAACACUAUUUUAAUAACUGAAAGGUCAUGUUAUAAAAUAUGAAACACCUGCCUAAAGUUAGAAAUUUCCUCAAACUACAAGAAAACAAAUCAUGAAGUCUUCAAACAUGUAUUAGUGAGAGUACAUAGGAAAAUGGCAUGACAGUUUAAAUAAUUUGUAUCAAUUACUGAAUUUAAUAUUUUUUCCUAAACCUUACUUGAGAUCAUUUAUAUUCUUUUCCUUAUUUUGGAACAUGAGAGUACUCAUUAACAUGUCACUUUUUCAUCUUGCACACAAAUAGUUACAUUUCAUAAAAAAUAUUUCAUGUAGACCUUCCAGCUUCAAUAAUUUUAGUAAGCGAAUCAUAAAGCUACAAGUCAAAUUCUAAUUCAUCUAAGACCAUAACAAAAACUUCAGCUCUCCAAAUAUUAGUUUAUUAAUGACUAAUAUUAACAAAGUUUCUGUAAAAAGGACAGUAAUUUGAAAAUGUGUGCAGGAAACAUUGCCAAAGCAUCUAAUCAAUGCCAAAAGCAUGAACAAAAUAAACUAUGAAAAAAAUGCAAUCUGUUUACCAUUUACAUACGGUACUUAAGAACAUAAAACAAUCUAAGAUAAAAUGUCACCAUACCUACAACCUAGCCACUUGAGAUGCACAGAGACUCAGAGCCUCCACUAUAUACAACAGCUCAUUCUUAAUUAACAUAGGCUAAGGUUAACCAGCUACCAAGUACCCAAAGUACUUAAUUGACAGACUGUACAAACUAAAAAGAAACCAAAUUUAUGUAUAUGUUGCUAGGAGAUGGUAUGACAGUUUAAACAACGUGCCACUGAUGGUUUUGGAAGAUUACUUUAGAAUGAAGCUAGAAAUGGAGAAGAAAAGGCAUUAAGAGUUCUCUAAUAUCUUUUUAAUAUCCCUGAGGAAAAAAAUCUCCUGUCAUUACUUUGUUGGUGUUCUUUAGUCUAAAGUAGUAAGAACUCAAUGUUAACACAGAAACAAACAUUAAGCCACAGAUCAAAUAAAUAAAAACAAUUUCUGAAAGCCCUCUUUGAGUUAUGAUAGCAAAGCUUAAGUUGCUUCUAUUUUUAUAGAAUACACCGAUUACUCUGUGUUUUCAUCUUUCCCAAGCAUGGGUCAGAGAAUUGGGAAAUAUUCUCAAGCUGGGAUACUCUGAAAUAGGUAUUAGCCGCUACUGAAUUAUAAAUCACCUCAUUCACUUCUUGUCCAUAGACUUGAUAAUUAAGGAAAUGUUAAGACAGUUGAAAGAUAUGGUUAUUUCUUAUUAACAUGACAGAUUCGAACAAAUGCUCUAUGGGUUUACUUUUCACAGAAAGUGGACUUUUAUAUCAAAAAGUGAAAAAUGAGCAUUACCUUCCUUAGGUUUCACAACUGUUUUUUCUUUAGGUGGAAUAAAUGCUUUGUUUCUUUCCUCCUGUCUUUUACUGAGAGCUUCUGCUUGUUUAGCCUACAUUAUUAGGAAAUACAUUGUGAAAGAUUAAUUGUAAGUAAAAAUUCAGCACCUAUGACUUUGUUAUUAAUGUUGUCAUCAAGACAUAAAGAGUGUAAUGUUACCUUUAUUGCUUCCAUUUUCUGUCGCUUCUUUUGAUUCGCCUUCAAAAAGUAUUCACCGCUAGCCAAUUCUCUAUCAAUCUAUUGAAAACAGUAUUUAUAAUUAUGUUGGAAAUAAUGUACAUGAAAAGUAAUUUCCUAAGAAAGUCACAACGUCCUUUGAGUAAAAACAGUGGAGUCAGUACUCUCUAUGACUACUUCAUAAAGGUAGCAACAUGAACUACAGAUUGGGGGUAGAGGUAGAAAAUGGAAGGAUAGGUCUUAUCAGGGCACUCUGUAUAUAUGUACAGAAAUUUCACACUGAACCCUAUUAAUAUGUAUAGUUAAUAUGUGUUAAUUAAAAAGAACUAAAAAGAGGCUUGCAGGGGUAAGGAAGGAAGAAUAGCCAAUUAAGUACAGAACAGGUCAUUAGAAGUAUGGCAGUAUUAUGAGCAAGGAUUAGUAACUGGAUCACUAUGUUCUUCCCAGCUAUCAUUUUUCUUAUGGUCUCACUUUGUUUCUCCUUUCAGAGUAGACUCUGUGAGCUAACAUUUCCAUUGCUUUUUCACCAUGAUCACUACUCCUUUUUUCCCUUUGGCCUUUCAUCAUCCCUUCCCUGAAAAACUCAAAACAUAGGGCUUGGAGAAGAAAAGAUGAUAGAAAAGCAAGGGUUUAUAUCCUGAGCAGAAAACAACUACUAGAGAUGAAUUAUUUUUAAGACAUACACAAAGAAUGGAAAUAAUCGAUACCAGAGAUGCAGAUGGAAUCACACAGGUGGAAAUAAUUGGUGCAGAUGAGGAAAAGGAUUACAGAGAGAAGAGUAAGUGGAAGGAGCUUUUUCUGAUGGCCUCAGAAAAGUAAAUGCUACAUCAUCUACUAGGAGCGAGAGGGUGCUGAGAGAAUUAAAACAAAAAGAGCUGCCAGAUAGGAGGAUCUGAGGAUGGAAAUACGAAUUUCUAGUAGAUUAAAUGCACAGACAGGACUUUCUGCAUUUUCAUAUGGUAGUGCAUUAUGGGAAAGUUUUUGGACUUAUCCAAGUCUUACUAGUUUUGCUAGGAAGGUGUGACAGAAGGGAAAGCAGCAUGAAAGAAAACAAAAAGAAAAGGAAAUUUUGGCCGCAGCUGGAAAGGAAAUGAACCAGAAGACAAUGGACAAAAUGGAAGGAAUUCAUAACUCAGAAAAAGAAUGAAUAUUAGAAUUUAAGAUUUCUAAAAUCAUACAGAUAAGGGUCACAAAAGAACAUUGCUGAAGUAAAGUAGAGAUACUGUGGACUAAAUCACUUAAUUUUUUUUUUAAAUCUAUAGAACAUUUUCAGUGGCUACAAGGACACAACUGACAACCAACACCUUGAUGUAGUUCACUCGCAGUGUGAAGGCCCCACUCCCCAACCCCAUGCAUUUAGCUCAAAAUGUGCCUCUUUACAAUUCAGCUUCUUCUACCUCUACAAACAUACACUGUCUCUCUCCCCACCUAACCACCCUCAAUAAAAUUUCUGACAAAAUAAGAUCAGUUUUUCCUUUACAUAAAGUUCAACAUUUAAUACUAACCUGACUCUCUGGUUGCGGUGGUGGAAAUGGUGUGUAUGCUUUCUUAACAGUUUUCUUCUUCGGUUCCUUGCGUUUAUUCACAUUUUUGUGUUUGAAGUGUGGCAAGAAUCUUUCCCAACUUUGUGAUCGUAAUUCAGAAUCUUUUGCCAACUCUCGUUUAAUCAUUAAGGUCUUCAGUUAUACAUGUAUAAAUAAAAUUUAAUAUCAAAAUUGAUACAUUUGUUUAAACUAUUAUAACUAUUGCUUCUACAAAUAGUUUUAAAAGGAAUAGUUCCCAAUUGCUUCAGAAUUAACCAAUUGCACUAAUAAAAAGAUAUGUCAUCGUAAAUAUGUACAGUCAAGCAUCAAGAAAUCAUAAUAAAUUUGGAUUAAGAAAUGCAGAACUAUUAAGAGAUGAAAAUGAAACUCAGUUUUUCAGUGACUAUUUCAAUAAAAUCUUUAUAAUUCAACUUAAUUAUAGUAGGUGGGGUUCUUAAUUAGCUGAUGUUCCCUGUAAGCAGGAAGAUUUUAAUAGCCAGUACGACAGCAGGGAAUGAAAAACGU